GACUACAAAUUCUAAAAUAUGUUACUUCACCGCGACUCCAAUUCUCCUUGUUUUGAUGAUGUUUUGUUGCAGACCAGCUGCUAUGUUCAAUGAUGCUGAAAAGAAAGGCUUAUUAACUCCUGGAGUGAAAACUCUGAUAGAGCCAACAUCAGGAAACAUGGGAAUCAGCAUGGCUUUUAUGGCCGCAGUGAAAGGGUACAAGAUGGUUUUGACCAUGCCGUCUUACACGAGCUUGGAGAGAAGAAUGUGUAUGAGAGCCUUUGGAGCUGAGUUGAUUCUCACUGACCCUCCAAAAGGGAUGGGAGGAACUGUCAAGAAGGCUUAUGACCUUUUGGAAUCCACUCCAAAUGCCCUUAUGCUCCAACAAUUCUCAAACCCUGCCAAGACUCAGGUACAUUCUGAAACUACAGGACCUGAGAUAUGGGAGGAUACUAAUGGAAAAGUUGACAUCUUUGUAAUGGGAAUUGGUAGUAGAGGCACCAUCUCUGGGGUUGGACAGUAUCUCAAAUCUCAAAACCCUGAUUGUAAAAUAUAUGGAGUGGAGCCUGCUGAAAGUAAUAAUAUACUAAAUGGUGGUAAACCAGGUCCUCAUUCGAUUACUGGAAAUGGGGUUGGAUUCAAACCCAAUAUAUUGGACAUGGACAUAAUGGAAAGAGUUCUUGAGGUGAGUACCAAAUAUAUAUAGCAUAUAUAUGCCUUUUAUAUGGCUUGCUAAAGAGUCCAUUUUUAUUGAUUUUGUUUAUUUACAUUUUGUAUUUUGUAACUCUUUGAGUCCAAGUAUAAUACAAAUAUUUAUUGUUUAUACGA